GAGAGUGAGAUAUGGAGUUACCGCAAGAAUGCGUUGCUGAGAUACUGCGCCGCACUACUCCAUUGGAUGUCGCCAGGAACUCCGUCGUUUCCAAGAUCUUCUGCUCCGCCGCUGAAUCUGACACUAUUUGGAAUCAUUUUCUCCCUUCUGAUUAUCAUUCAAUCAUUUGUCAAUCUCCUUCAUUGGCCAACGCUCCUUCAAAGAAAGCUCUCUAUCUCGCUCUCUCAGACAACCCUGUCAUCAUCGAUCAGGGGAAAAAGAGCAUUCAAUUGGACAGGAAGACUGGGAAGAAAUGUUACAUGCUUGCUGCCAAAGCUCUCCGAAUUUCUAAGGGUGACGAUGAACGUUACUGCGGCUGGGUCACCCUCCCAGAGUCUAGGUUCGAAGAAGUUGUCAAGCUUGAAGUUGCCAAGCAUAAUGUUGCGUUCUGGUAUGAUAUUUGUGGGAAGAUAAAUACUAUUGAUUUGUCUCCAAACACUCAAUAUGCAGUUUUUCUUGUAUUUAAAAUGAUCACUGAUCAUGGAGGCCCUAUACAUGUGAUAUUAUCAAUUAACAAUUUUGGAGGCCCUAUUUGGAAGAAGGUGGUUUGUUUGUACAAGAAGUUAAAACCGAAGUGUAUGACCAAAGUAAUUGAGGGUCCAGAUGUGAGAAGUGAUGGCUUGUUGGAGAUUGAGAUGGGGGAGUUCUUCAAUUCAGGCCUAGAAGAUGGUGAAGUGGAGAUGGGGGUUAUGAUAUCAAAGUUUUAUUUUUGGGAGGGCAGUUUUUAUCUUGAAGGAAUAGAAGUUAGGCCUAAGAUAUAGUAGAUAGG